UAACUGCGCGGGUCUCGGUCCAUUUGCGUCGCCAGUGCGGUGCAGCUUUAACCGGUCCGUCAUGCCUUGCGGUGUCCUAGUUCUGUUCCGAUCGUGAUUUACACGUGAGAUCUCUUUCACUGAUAGCAAGCCUACAAGCCCCCUUGUAGGAUGUCCGAUGACUGGACGGACUCGUGUUUACAUCCACUCGGUUUCUAGAAGAGGCGGGGAUGCGCGCACACCGUUAACUGUGAUGCAGGCGCCGAUCGGCACAGAAUAAACAGGGAUCUCCCUCAAGUGGCCCGCAUACCAUGACGAAGAAAGUACUGGAUUUUAUCCCAGAGAGAUAUUCGGUGGCUACAGAACAACGGGAGAGUUCCUAAUCGUCUAAGACACAGUGAGCUGCGGCUGGAAAGAGGAUGCAAAAUAAAGAAUCUCUAGCGGCUCCCUGUGGUGUGGAGGAAUGAAGGCCAUGGAGCUAAAAGUGUGGGUGGACGGAGUGCAGCGCAUUGUGUGCGGGGUCACGGAGUUCACCACAUGCCAGGAAGUGGUCAUCGCUUUGGCACAAGCCAUUGGACGGACGGGCAGAUACACUUUGAUCGAGAAAUGGCGGGAGACAGAGCGCCACCUGGCUCCAAAUGAAAACCCUGUAGUGUCCCUGAACAAGUGGGGCCAGUAUGCCAGUGACGUGCAGCUCAUCCUCCAGCGGACCGGCCCGUCUGUCAGCGAGCGGCCAACCUCUGAAGGGCUGGCUCGUGUCCCAGAACGAGGUCUAUACCGCCAGAGCCUUCCACCUCUGGCCAAGCUCCGUCCAUCGGGGACAGACAGGUCGCUCAAACGAAAGGAACCCAAACGCAAAUCUUUGACCUUCACAGGAAGCGCCAAGGGUCUGCGGGAAAUAUUUGGAAAAAGCAGAGAUACUGAUGUCAAACAGUCCCAGCAGCGCGGUGUGAGUUUAAACCUCAGCAGAGUUGGAGGAGGUGGAAUAGCAUCUGUACCUGGGAGUCCGGCCAGAGAGCUGAGCCGACUGGUGCAGCUGCAGAGAAACAAACUCCAGGCCCUGGAAAGCCGCCUGCUGGGCUGCGAGGCUGAGCUGCGAGACUGGGAGGAGGCCACAGGCGAGGCCAGCGAUGAAGGAAACUUGGAGGAAGAGCUGCUCCUUUUAGAGCAGCAGGUGAGGAGGAAUGACGCCGAGAUGGAGGAGGAGGAAUUCUGGCAGAACGAGUUGCAGAUAGAGCAGGAGAGCGAGUGGCAGCUGCGGCAACAGCUAGCCGAGCUGCAGGGCCGCGUACGCGACUGUGAAGCCAAGCUUUCGGAGUAUCUAGCUCGCAUACAGAGCAUGGAGGCAGGUGUGGAGCAGGAGCGACUGCAGCAGGAGGCUGAGCUGAAACAAAGGGUCAACGAGGAAGAGGUACAAGCCCAGCUGGAGAAAGUGAGGGCAGAGUUGGAAAUGCAGAGCCAACAAACAGCACGGCUGGAGAACAGCUGCAGGGCAUUGGAACGCUCGCUCAGCCAGUCAGGCAAGAGAUUACAGGAGAAAGAGCAGGAGCUGGAGCAGCUGACAAAAGAGCUUCGACAGGUCAACCUACAGCAGUUCAUUCAGCAGACUGGUACCAAGGUCACUGUGCUGCCGGCUGAACCAUCAGAAGACAUCAGCAGCGAGACGGAGUGCGGUUCCCUAAAACGACUCGGCUCCUCCCGUCUCUUACCCAGUGACCUUCGUGCUCUUCAGAGCGCCGUCUCGUCCACCCUCAACCCUGAAGGCAUCUACGUUUGACCCUAAAUGUCCAGGAGGCAUAUUCUUUUUUGGCAGUAGCAAGGCAGCUUUAUGCUACUGAAACUAUUUCCACACACAGAAAAACAAAGAAAUGACUCCACAAAUAGAUGUUUUUCUUACAAGGCAACAGAGUGUCAGAGUGGCACUUCAAUAUGGAGGGUUUUUGCCAAAAAAAAAAAAAAGAGUGUGACAAGAAAACUGCACUGCCUCCUCUUCACUAGAAUUGAACUUAAACUGAUGUCAUCAUCUGCCGUUUAAUGCACAGUCUGAGCUCCCAUGAGUGAGUAAGGAUAAGUGCAACAGCACCAUUUUUCUCUACAUACCAGCUACUGUGUUUGUAUUUUUGUUUGUUUGGGGUUUUUUAGCACUUCCGGACACACUCUGAAUACACAAUCAUUUAUUAGUCAAGCGAUUCCCGGCAAAAAAACUAUAACACGUGCAGUAAAUCAUGAGAGAAUUUCACAGUGCAGUAGUUUGACACGCGUACUCGUCUCCAUCCAAAAAAAGAGACAGAUGCAUGAGCAUGCACAAACAGUGACUCCUGUGCUAUAAGCAUAGCCAUAUCUGAUUGCCUUAAAACUAGAUGUUAGUAAAUGUAAUAUUGAAACAGAACUCAAGGUAGCUACUGAGUACUGUGCGCAGUGUGAAUUUGAUAAAAUGCUCCAAUUCAGGUGACUCCUUGUCACGGUAACUGAUGUCAGUAAAACUCCAUGUGGGGUUAGUCUUUUUUUUCUAAAAGAGUUUGAACUUUUUUUUUGUUUUAAUUAACUAGUGAGUUUGCUUCGUGUGUAUGUUUAGACGGCGAUUGAAAACAUUUAUCAUAAAAUGUAUGUCAGAGUUAAAAGAGGGCGACUAAAGAGGCCAAUGAAGUGAUAUUUUAAGUAGAACAUGGUGGCUGUAAUGUGGUCCAAUUUAAGUAUUAUGUGUUGUGCAGUAGGCAUGCAUCUGUUGGUUUUCUCAUAAUGAAAAUGUCUUUAGUAUGGAAGCUUGUUUCUGCCACUGAAAAAAGUUUUUUUUGUCAUUUGUAAGUCAGAAUUUCAGCUUUUUAUCUCAGUUAUUUUCUAAGAAGUUUAAGCAUGUUACAGGUUUGAGAUAAGAACCAGAUUUUUUUUUCCUUACAGAUGACUUAUGCAAAAAACAAAAGAAUUAAAAAAACAAACAAACAAAAAAAACGGCGGUGCAAACAAAGUUCCACACUUGGGUGUAAAUCCAGGCUCAAAUAAUUUAUCACUGUGACCACCAGGUGGCAGCAAAACAUAUUUUAUUCAGGUAGGCGAAAGGCUCUUUAAGUCAUCUGAUUAGUGCGUGUUUAGGAGUCACUUACUGUAUGCCUGUUGUUGUUGUUGUUGUUGUUGUUGUUGUUGUUGUAACAAAGCCUCUGCACUUUAGCUUUAAUUGUGUUAAGGUGAGAGUGUUUGAUAUGUUUCACUGUGUACUGUGUUCAGGAACACACACGCACACAUAUCAACACACCAUCCUAUGAUUUCUAACAAACUUAAGAUGUCUUCUAUGAACCAAAGUUAGUGUCACACAACAGAUGGUUAAAUGAAUGUAUUUUUUUUGUGUAUGUGCAGCUUGUGCUUAAUAAAAAUACCAGCUUCAUUCAAAUGGUGGCUGCGCUGCACACCAUACAUAUUUUAUAUUUUACGGUCAGCGCUUUCACGCAGAAAGACGACAUUUAUAUCACAAAAGACGGUAUUAGAAGUCUGAGAUAGAAGAUGUUAGUAUGAACCUUUGCCAGCUGAAUUGGAGAAACCCAAACUGCUUGUGGAUCCUCAGUAUGGGCUCAGAAAACUGCAAAAAAUUGCAGAUGUUAAAUAAAAAAUCAAUAUUGGCCCUGUUUUGUUUUUUUUUUGGUUUGGGUUUUUUUUUGGUGUGUGUGUUUUUGUUGUUUUUGUUGUUUUUUUUCCCCAGACCAAAGAUGGGAGCCAAAAUUUCCCACUUGCAACUUGCGGGUGCUUAUUGCAAAAGUGUGUGGGCAAAUAUAACUAAAGUUUCAGAGCCGAGAAUAUCACUCGCAGUUUAAUGCUUUGAAUCCCGUCUUCAGAAGAAGCACGUUCCCUCUGUUUUUCGAGCUGAUUUAAUUUGGGCGACAACAAAUCUUUUCCACUCAUUUACAAACCUGAAUUUCCCUCGCUGUGUUCUCUGUGUAGCUAACUUCAUUUCGCAGGCUCCAAAUCUUAUCGACUAUUAUUUGAACCCAUGUGAAGAAGCUGCAGGUGUAUAAUAAAGUGAAACCCUCCCUCCGGUGUGAAGAGCCUCGCUUGACUGUUUGCUUUGCUGUGCAAAGGCGACCCGUGGCCUUCUGAAACUGUCCGGGGACACUUACAGAGGAUUGCAGCAUUAUCAGCAACUCCAGCUGUGACACAGACGCUGUGACCUGCUGAGAAAGGAAUCACAAUGGCAUGCCUUAUAAAGAGAACAAAAACUGUACAUUUCUACAUAUCACAUCAAUCUACGGACUGUUUCUAAAGUAGAUUGAAGUCAGAUAAAUGCAGAGUGCUUAGGAUGUUAGAUUAUAAUGCUGUAGCUCAAUAGGCAACGUGUGCAUGCAAUAAUGUGCGACUGGUUUCCCAGCAAGCCGUGACUCAUUUUGGUUUUGGUUUGCACUGUCCCUUCUGCCUCGUAGAUGACGAAUGAGCUUAGUCAAAAAAUGGCGUUUUCAUGCCUUUUCAUUUAACUUUGGCAAAAAACAAACAAUAACAUUCAUGAAUGUAAAAGAGAGAUGGCAAUACGUUUACCUGCAUUGCUCUUUUUUUCUUUUCCUUGUUUUCAUGUUUAGAGACAUUGCCAAUAAUUGGUGUCUAUUAUGCCAUCAAAAGUGCAUAUACAAAUGAGAUGAUGGAGCCAUUAUGGAAACAGCCAUCAAGAGGUUUUGAAAGCUAUUUU